AAAAAAGCCAAGAAGAGAACAGGAGAGGGAGCCAAUUCCAAUGUGUUUUCCAUGUUUGAGCAGGCCCAGAUUCAGGAAUUCAAAGAGGCAUUUACCAUCAUGGACCAGAACAGAGAUGGCUUCAUCGACAAGAACGACCUGAGGGACACUUUUGCAGCUCUUGGACGCCUGAAUGUAAAACAGGAAGAGAUUGAUGAGAUGCUCAAAGAAGCUCCAGGCCCAAUCAACUUUACUGUCUUUCUUACAAUGUUUGGGGAGAAACUGAAAGGUGCUGAUCCAGAAGAGACAAUCCUCAAUGCGUUCAAAGUGUUUGACCCCGAAGGCAAAGGAGUGCUGAAGAAGGACUAUGUAACACAGAUGCUGACAACACAAGCCGACCGGUUCACCCCUGAAGAGAUGGAGCAGAUGUUUGCUGCCUUCCCACCGGAUGUGGCAGGCAACCUAGACUACAAGAACCUGGUGCACAUCAUCACCCACGGAGAGGAGAAGGACCAGGAGUGA